CAGUUCCGAGUUCUUUUCUGGCUUAUCCUGGGACACCUCUGAGUUGUGGGGCUUCGCUCUUGUCGUCUUUAAGUGGACAGCGCGCAUGCGCUAACUUCCUCUUUUUCCGGCUGGAACCAUGGAGGGUGCAGAAGAGAAGAAAAAGAAGGUUCCUGCUGUGCCAGAAACUCUCAAGAAAAAGCGAAGGAAUUUCGCAGAGUUGAAGAUCAAGCGUCUGAGAAAGAAAUUUGCCCAAAAAAUGCUUCGAAAGGCAAGGAGGAAGCUUAUUUAUGAAAAAGCUAAGCAUUACCACAAGGAAUACAGGCAGAUGUACAGAACUGAGAUUCGAAUGGCUAGAAUGGCAAGAAAAGCUGGCAACUUCUACGUACCUGCUGAACCCAAAUUGGCAUUUGUCAUCAGGAUCCGAGGUAUCAAUGGUGUGAGCCCAAAGGUUCGAAAGGUGUUGCAGCUUCUUCGCCUUCGCCAGAUCUUCAAUGGCACCUUUGUUAAGCUCAACAAGGCUUCAGUUAACAUGCUAAGGAUUGUGGAACCAUAUAUUGCAUGGGGGUACCCAAACCUGAAGUCAGUGAAUGAAUUGAUCUACAAGCGUGGUUAUGGCAAAAUCAACAAGAAGCGAAUUGCCCUGACAGAUAACACAUUGAUCGCUCGAUCUCUUGGUAAAUACGGCAUCAUCUGCAUGGAGGAUCUGAUUCAUGAGAUCUACACUGUUGGAAAACGUUUCAAAGAAGCAAACAACUUUUUAUGGCCCUUCAAGUUAUCUUCUCCACGAGGGGGAAUGAAGAAGAAGACCACCCAUUUUGUAGAAGGUGGAGAUGCUGGCAACAGGGAAGACCAGAUCAAUAGGCUUAUUAGAAGAAUGAACUAAGGUAUCCACCAUGAUUAUUUUUGUAAUCUGGUCAGUUAAUAAACGACUACUUUCAAAUUAAAAA